AUGGCUGGGUUUCUAGUGCCCGAUCACUACGUGAACGUCGCGCCCAGCACCACCGACCAGCUCGUCGCCAGUAUCAUUUGGGGCUUCACAAUCGCUGUUGGAAUUUUCUCGGGACAAAAGGCAGGAAAGCAGACAUGGGAUCAGUACAAACGAACAGGGCGCUUCAGGGCUUACGUGUGGAUGAUCUGGGCUGAGUGGCUAGCGUCCAUGCUAAUCGGAGUUUUGUCAUGGUGUUUUAUUCGCGGUUUCAUUGCUCCCAGCUUCUGGAUUUACUUUACGCUCCUUUGUGCAUGGGUGGUGCAAAUUCAAUGCAUUUGUGGUAUCAUCAUCAACCGAAUUUCGCUUCUUAUGGUCGACAGAAGGAACGCUAUCAAGAUCAGAUGGAUGACCGCUAUCGUUCUUGGCCUUAUCAACAUCAGCGUCUUCUGUAUCUGGAUACCCGCCCAGCUCCAGAUCUCUCAGAGGUGGCACGACAUCAACUAUGUUUGGGAUCGCAUUGAAAAGGGUCUCUUCCUGGUCAUUGAUGCUAUGCUUCACGGAUAUUUCAUCUACCUCAUCCGUAUCAAGCUGAUUGCCAACGGUCUCACCAAGUACCAACCUCUGAUGCGAUACAACUUUGCCAUGAUUUUCAUCUCAAUGAGCUUGGAUGUCAUUCUCAUUGGCAGCAUGUCAAUUGGCAACGGUUUCAUUUACGUGCAAUUCCAUCCCCUAGUCUACAUGCUCAAGCUCCAUAUUGAGAUGAAUAUUUCCGCUCUCAUUGUCAGAGUCGUUCGCGCUACUGGCGACCACAGCUCUUACCCCGACGGCUACGAGGAGACCGAGUUGCGAUCCAAGGUGCGAGCACAUGCGUCCAGAAAGACAGGCUCAACCAGAGCCGGUCCCAUGUUCUCGACAACAGGACGCAACCUCGAGGUGCGCGUUGAUGCGGGUGAAUCCAAUGACACACAAACCAAGCCUCACCAGGGACCCGGUAUCACAAAAGUGACACAGACGCACGUACAGGUAAUGGACAAGCACGACGAGGAUGAUGCUAGCUCCCAAUCCUCAACGCGGCACCUGAAGGAGCCCUACGCCUAUCCUUGA